AUGAAAAAUUUAAUCAUUUUCACAGCACUAAUAGCAGUAUUCUAUAUUAUCGAUAAAUAAUUGAAUAUUGAAUUUAUAGAAGUAGAAACACUUGAAAGAAGCUGCCAAUAUAGCUAAUAAAAGAUAAUUAAUAUAUGGAAUAUUGUCUUUUUAUUUAGAACACUAAUGAAACAAAUAUUUUAUUAUAACUAUUCAAUGCCUAUAGAUAUUAAACAAAAUCUGAAGAUAAAUUAUUAGCAAUUUGAAACAUGCAGAUAUUUAAAUUAUUCAAAUUCACUUUAAAGAAGAUGA